AUGGUCUUCAAUGAUCAUAAUCUUUCACUUCUAUUUGUGUUCAAAACCAGUAUUGAAAAAAAUAUUUUACAACAACCACGAAUAUUAUUCAAUUUACCAUCUCAACCAACCGAUCAUAACAUGGAAUCCAUCAUUCCCUUUCCUCCUGAUUUUAAAUUUGGAACUGCUACAGCUGCUUAUCAAAUUGAAGGAGCUUUCAAUCAAGACGGAAGAGGUUUAUCUGUAUGGGAUCAGUUUGCUCAUACAUUCGGAAAAACCCACAACGGAGAUCAUGGUGAUACAGCCUGUGAUCAUUAUCAUCGUAUGGAACAAGAUACGGACUUACUGUUUGAUGAAUUGGGAAUUAAAAACUAUCGCAUGUCCAUCUCAUGGACUCGAUUAUUGCCAAACGGCCUAUUGAGUGGAGGAAUUAAUGAAAAGGGAGUUGAGUAUUACAAUCGAGAAAUUAAUUACUUGAUAUCAAAAGGAGUGAAUGUUGUCAUUACAUUGUUUCAUUGGGAUUAUCCGCAAUAUUUACAAGAUCAAUUCCAGGGAUGGCUCAGUAAGGAAGAAGCAAUUUCUGCGUUUCGUGAUUAUGCAGAGUUGUGUUUCAAAUUAUUUGGCGAUCGAGUAAAGUGUUGGAUUACAUUGAAUGAGCCUGCUGUGGUCGCAUGGUAUGGUUAUGGUAUGGGCACGGCUGCUCCUGGGCGAUCAAGUAGUAACGGAGGAAAUUCCUCAACAGAGCCCUAUUUAGUGGCCCAUCAUCAAUUGUUGGCUCAUGCUCAUGCUGUUCAUAUUUACAGAACGAAAUAUCAACAAGAACAGAAGGGGAAAAUGGGAAUAACUGUCAAUUCAAGUUAUUAUCAACCAUUGGAUGAGAAUAAUCCGUUAGAUGUACAAGCUGCAGAGACUCAACAAGUGUUUAAAUUGGGAUGGUUUUUAGAUCCUGUCGUAUUUGGAGAUUAUCCACAAAUCAUGAAAGAUCGAGUGAAAGAACGUUUACCUGAAUUUUCCAGUGAAGAAAAACACUUGCUAAAGCAAAGUUUUGAUUUUAUUGGACUCAAUCAUUACACAACACGUUAUGUGACCACAUUCAGUCGUCAUGAGAAUGAAACAUCCACCAGCAAUGAAACCAAGUCACAAGACUCCACACAGGAGAAAACCUGGCACACUGAUGCAGGUGGUAAAAUUGUGAUGGAAAAGAAUGGCCAACUCAUUGGCGAACAAGCAGAGAGUGCUUGGAUCAAUGUUGUUCCAUGGGGCAUUCGAAAAAUUCUUAAUUGGAUUUCACAACGAUAUCAUGAUCCAGAAAUUUACAUUACAGAAAAUGGAGUUUCUGUUCCCAAUGAACAUUCACUUCCACUUUCACAGGCACUGCAUGACACAUUUCGUGUGAAUUAUUUGCAACAAUAUUUGAAACAAGUGUCAUUGGCUGUGAUGGAAGAUCAUGUGAAUGUCAAGGCAUAUUUCGUAUGGAGUUUUAUGGACAAUUUUGAAUGGGCCGAUGGCUAUUCUAAACGUUUUGGUUUGAUCCAUGUCGACUACAAUGGAGAACAUGGUGAAAAGUUGAAACGUUAUGUGAAAGAUUCUGCCAAAUGGUAUUCAAAGCAAAUCCAAAAUUUCAAUUAA